GGCGGCGUCCCGAGGCCGGCGGCCGCGGCGGGCAUGGCCCAGGCUGCUGUCGGGGCGCGCGCCCGACAGCCAGGGCUUCCCUCUGCGCCUCCGCAGCGCCUGGGCCUCGCCCGGGGGCCGCCGCCACGGUACCGCUGAGGCCAAGGACAGACGGACGGACGGACGGAUUGUCCGUCUUGCUCCGCGCAUUCCGGCGUCAUGACGGUCCCCAAGGAGAUGCCGGAGAAGUGGGCUUGGGCGCCCGCUUCCUGGAGCCGAACGAAGACGUCCUGGGGGCCAGAAGAAGAAAGGCGGGCGCGGGCCAAUGACCGGGAGUACAAUGAGAAAUUCCAGUAUGCGAGUAACUGCAUCAAGACCUCCAAGUACAAUGUUCUCACCUUCCUGCCUGUCAACCUCUUUGAGCAGUUCCAGGAAGUCGCCAAUACCUACUUCCUGUUCCUUCUCAUCCUGCAGCUGAUCCCCCAGAUCUCGUCCCUGUCCUGGUUCACCACCAUCGUGCCUUUGGUUCUUGUCCUCACCAUCACAGCUGUUAAAGAUGCCACCGAUGACUAUUUCCGCCACAAGAGUGAUAACCAGGUGAACAACCGCCAGUCCCAGGUGCUGAUUAACGGCAUCCUGCAGCAGGAGCAGUGGAUGAACGUCUGUGUCGGCGACAUCAUCAAGCUCGAGAAUAACCAGUUUGUGGCGGCGGAUCUCCUGCUCCUCUCCAGCAGCGAGCCCCACGGGCUGUGUUACAUCGAGACCGCCGAGCUCGAUGGAGAGACCAACACAAAAGUGCGCCAGGCAAUCCCUGUCACCUCGGAGCUGGGGGACCUCAGUAAGCUCGCCAAGUUUGACGGUGAGGUGAUCUGCGAACCCCCCAACAACAAGCUGGACAAGUUCAGUGGAACCCUGUACUGGAAGGAGAAUAAGUUCCCGCUGAGCAGCCAGAACCUGCUGCUGCGGGGCUGCGUGCUGCGUAAUACGGAGUGGUGCUUCGGGCUGGUGGUCUUUGCGGGUCCCGACACGAAGUUGAUGCAGAACAGUGGCCGGACAAAGUUCAAGAGAACCAGUAUCGAUCGUCUCAUGAAUACACUGGUGCUCUGGAUUUUUGGGUUCCUUGUCUGCAUGGGCGUGAUCCUGGCCAUCGGCAAUGCUAUCUGGGAGCACAAGGUGGGGGCGCGUUUCCAGGUGUACCUGCCCUGGGACGAGGCGGUGGACAGCGCCUUCUUCUCGGGCUUCCUCUCCUUCUGGUCGUACAUCAUCAUCCUCAACACCGUGGUGCCCAUAUCACUCUACGUCAGCGUGGAGGUCAUCCGCCUGGGCCACAGCUACUUCAUCAACUGGGACAAGAAGAUGUUCUGCAUGAAGAAGCGGACGCCAGCCGAGGCCCGCACCACCACGCUGAACGAGGAGCUCGGCCAGGUGGAGUACAUCUUCUCGGACAAGACAGGCACACUCACGCAGAACAUCAUGGUGUUCAACAAGUGCUCCAUCCAUGGUCGCAGCUACGGUGACGUGUUCGAUGUCUUGGGGCACAAAGCUGAACUUGGAGAGAGGCCUGAGCCCGUCGACUUCUCCUUCAACCCCCUGGCAGACAAAAAGUUCCUGUUCUGGGACCCCACGCUUCUAGAGGCGGUCAAGAUGGGGGACCCCCACACGCACGAAUUCUUCCGGCUCCUGUCCCUGUGUCACACGGUGAUGUCGGAGGAGAAGAGUGAGGGGGAGCUGUACUACAAAGCCCAAUCCCCAGAUGAGGGGGCACUGGUCACCGCAGCCAGGAACUUCGGCUUUGUCUUCCGUUCUCGGACCCCCAAAACCAUCACUGUGCAUGAGUUGGGUACGGCCAUCACUUACCAGCUGCUGGCCAUCCUGGACUUCAACAAUAUCCGCAAGCGGAUGUCCGUCAUCGUGCGGAACCCGGAAGGGAAGAUUCGUCUCUACUGCAAAGGGGCCGACACGAUCCUGCUGGACAGGCUGCAGCCCUCCAGCCCCGACCUGCUCAACACCACUUCUGACCACCUGAAUGAGUACGCGGGGGAAGGGCUGAGGACGCUGCUGCUGGCCUACAAGGAUCUGGAUGAGGAGUACUAUGAGGAGUGGGCCGAGCGCCGGCUCCAGGCCAGCCUGGCUCAGGACUGCCGUGAGGACAGGCUAGCCAGAGUGUACGAGGAGGUGGAGAGCGACAUGGUGCUGCUGGGGGCCACGGCCAUUGAGGACAAGCUCCAGCAGGGGGUCCCGGAGACCAUCGCCCUCCUGACGCUGGCCAACAUCAAGAUCUGGGUGCUGACCGGGGACAAACAAGAGACGGCCGUGAACAUCGGCUACUCCUGCAAGAUGCUGACAGACGACAUGGCCGAGGUGUUCGUCGUCUCAGGCCACACGGUCCUGGAAGUGCGAGCUGAGCUCAGGAAGGCCCGGGAGAAGAUGAUGGACUCAUCCCGCCCGGUGGGCAAUGGCUUCAGCUACCAGGAGCAGCUCUCCGCCUCCAAGCUCACAUCCGUCCUGGAGGCCGUGGCCGGGGAGUACGCCCUGGUCAUCAACGGCCACAGCCUGGCCCAUGCGCUGGAGGCCGACAUGGAGCUGGAAUUCCUGGAGACGGCGUGUGCCUGCAAAGCCGUCAUCUGCUGCCGGGUGACGCCCCUGCAGAAGGCGCAGGUGGUGGAGCUGGUGAAGAAGUACAAGAAGGCUGUGACGCUGGCCAUCGGGGACGGCGCCAACGACGUCAGCAUGAUCAAGACAGCCCACAUUGGAGUGGGCAUCAGCGGCCAGGAGGGCAUCCAGGCUGUGCUGGCCUCCGACUACUCCUUCUCCCAGUUCAAGUUCCUGCAGCGCCUCCUGCUGGUGCACGGGCGCUGGUCCUACCUGCGCAUGUGCAAGUUCCUUUGCUACUUCUUCUACAAGAACUUCGCCUUCACCAUGGUCCACUUCUGGUUCGGCUUCUUCUGUGGCUUUUCGGCCCAGACGGUCUACGACCAGUACUUCAUCACCCUUUAUAAUAUUGUCUACACCUCCCUCCCUGUCCUGGCUAUGGGGGUCUUCGAUCAGGAUGUCCCGGAGCAGCGGAGCAUGGAGUACCCGAAGCUCUACGAGCCGGGGCAGCUGAACCUGCUCUUCAACAAGCGGGAGUUCUUUAUCUGCAUCGCCCAAGGCAUCUACACGUCGGUGCUCAUGUUCUUCAUCCCCUACGGCGUCUUUGCCGAGGCCACGCGGGACGACGGCACCCAACUGGCCGACUACCAGUCCUUCGCCGUCACUGUGGCCACGUCACUGGUCAUCGUGGUCAGCGUGCAGAUCGGGCUGGACACGGGCUACUGGACGGCCAUCAACCACUUCUUCAUCUGGGGCAGCCUCGCCGUCUACUUCGCCAUCCUCUUCGCCAUGCACAGCAAUGGCCUCUUCGGCAUGUUCCCCAACCAGUUUCGCUUUGUGGGUAAUGCGCAGAACACGCUGGCGCAGCCGGCCGUGUGGCUGACCAUUGCACUCACCACGGCCGUCUGCAUCCUGCCUGUGGUCGCCUUUCGCUUCCUCCGGCUCAGCCUGAAGCCCGACCUCUCGGACACAGUCCGCUACACGCAGCUGGUAAGGAAGAAGCAGAAGGCCCAGCACCGCUGCCUGCGGCGGGGGGGCCGCGGCGGCUCCCGGCGCUCCGGCUAUGCCUUCUCCCACCAGGAGGGCUUCGGGGAGCUCAUCAUGUCGGGCAAGAACAUGCGUCUCAGCUCCCUGGCGCUCUCCAGCUUCACCACCCGCUCCAGCUCCAGCUGGAUCGAGAGCCUGCGGCGGAAGAAGAGCGACAGUGCCAGUUCCCCGGGGCCGGGCACCGACAGGCCCCUCAAGGCGUGACCUGGGGAAGCAGCUCAGGGUG